GCUGAUAGUUUUCUUGUGUAUAUAAGAGAUUGGGAAAGUCUCGUAUCAGCAGAGGCACGCCCUGCGUGGCCAAAGCGAUGCGGGACUAUAAACUACACUCCACCUCAGCUAUAGCAUUUAUGGAUACAACUACACCCUCAUAUCUAGUACACUUCACCUGUGUUCCGUACAGGAAUGAUGCGCACGGUGGCGGGUGUCGUGAUGUGGGGUGGACUGUGUUCUCCAGUCGUGACAGGGAUCAGGUUACGGUACCCUUAUAACAGGUCUGAUAGUAUACUUCAUUUGGCAUAGAAGUAUCUUGCACAUACUCUUAGGAUGCGCGCUAGAUGAACAUGCCUGUUAUACUAUCCACUCCUUCCUCCGGUACGUGAUCACCCCCAGCGGUGUCUCGUUCGCACAUGUGCAUACGCUCCUCAGUGCCUGUAUGCGCCAUGUAUUUCCCCGGAAUGACCUGGACACUGCCUCAGUGUUACAGCGUCAGGCAUCACGGUAUGCACAGCUAGUUACGUUGUUGUCAUAUUAAUCAGCAUAUAGUAUUAAUAUGUUGAAAUUAGCAUGAACGACAUACUUGAUGGUCCCCUGGGCCGUCAGCGUCAGCUUGUGUAUGCAAGUAAGCCUGUAGUCACGGCUGGAUGAGCAUAGGGUAGAUUGCUGCAGUCAAUCAACAUAUUUACUGAAGCGCAAUUACAAAAGUCAACUAUCGAGAAAUCUCAAACUUCAACAUUCUAAAUCAAGUGAAGAACAAUAUACAGCACGCAAUUAUACAACCACAGUAUACCUCAUUUGUAGCAAUAUUACAUUGGGUAAGCAGACAUCAAUACAUCGCACCCAGAACCAGUACAAGCUAAUAUACAAAACGUACCCAGAUAACCUGAGAAAAUGGUGGUUAAAACCGAAUUCGGAAUGAUUCACUCCCAACUGGAGGGUAGCCACAGCGGAAGCAACGACGGUGACGAGAAGAGCACGUGUGUCGACCUAUUCAAACACAAUGUAGGAAUUAAUUUCUGUGAGAAAUGUGCACCAAUAAUACCAGGCGUAUACCGACCACAGGCGUUGAUGUCGACGGUACAUUCGCGCAGAGCCCACCACGAGCUCACACGCCAGAUGCAGAACAAGAUAGCCGCCCAGAAUAUUCGCGACAGGCGAAAAGCGUAUGCGAUAUACCUCACGCAAGGUAUCGAGACACUUACUUUAGAUAACAUGUCAAGGCAGAAACGGAUCGAUGACGCCAAAGCUAAACAGCAGACCUUACAGCAGGAGUACGACAUGUUGGCACAGGAACUACAGAGGAGGCAAAUGGAACAGAGCUUCACAGAUGCGGUCAUGAUGUUUGAGCUUUCGGAUGCGGACGCUUCGGAUACUUGUGUAGAGUCCUCUGAUGACGAGUACUUCGACACGCCGUCUGUGGCGAAUGUUAGUUCACCACUACUGUGUCAAUACACUGUAGACGAGAUAAUGGCAAAUCCAAUCACGCCGCUGACUCCUGCACUGGCAGGCGUCACCGUAGGAAGCCCCGGUUACAUUGAUACAUUCGAUACACUGUCUACGCAUAGCCCGACUACGAGUUUGACGUUAGAUAGUUCUCCUUUGCCGCCGGUCAGUCCAAUCAUGAGUUCACAGCUUAGCCCAUAUUCAUAUACCGAUGUGGGAGGUUUGGAAGAGAUGGAACUGAGUUCGUUUUCAUAUUCUCCUUACAGUUUGAGUGAGAGGUAGCCUCUACCAAACAUUAGUCUUAUAAAUCAAUAAAUACAAAUUUCAUACACGUAAUAUAAAAGUCAC